AUGUGUGAACCUGUUCCUCUGGCUCUGCAAUCAUCACACCGACUCUCAUGUCCUCCUCCUCCUCCUCCUUAUCCGCCUGCACAUCCACAUUCACAUUUACAUCCAUCUACUCUGUCGCAGCAUAUGUGGUUGAUAGCUGGUGUAACAUUAGUGGAGAUACCACUGUUGCCGACGGACUUCGUGGAUGGGAGUGUUGAUUGUGAUAGAGUGCGACCGGAAGGAGUCGUCCAAAGAAAGGUGAUGGACUUUAAAAAACAGGAAGAUGAUUGUUUUGUUGGUAGUUACAACAGUGGAUAUGGAUUAGAGGAAUAA